CACUUACGGGUUUUUGACGGCCGGGUCCGGAGGAAAACCUAUCUGGAACGCAGGACUCGUCGGGCUAUGAGUUCCGGAGACACAUUAUUUUAGUAAAAAAGUUUCGACAAAAUGAGUUCCGCUGGUGGUGAUAAACACCAGUACUUAGCUGCCAUAAGUGUUAACAUCAUUUCCAUAUCGUAUGGCGCGUUUUGCGGUUGGCCAUCAUCCAGUUUUCUGGAGUUGUCAUCAGAGAACAGUCCCCUGGAUACGGGUCCCCUGAGCCCCAAGGAUCAGGGAUGGGUGGCCUCCAACAUUUGUUUGGGUGGCCUCUUCGGAACCUUUUUCUUCACCUGGCUGUCGGACAAAAUUGGUCGUAAGUGGAGCCUCAUGUGGAUGGCUUUGCCGAAUUUGCUCGGCUGGGUUAUAAUACCCUUUGCCCGAAACCCAAUGCACCUGAUAGUCGCCAGAUUUAUUGGCGGCGCCGCUGGCGGAGGAUGUUUUACGGUGAUCCCUAUAUAUAUCUCUGAACUCGCAUCCGACCACAUUCGUGGUAUUUUGGGCGUCUUUCUGGUGCUGACGUGCAAUUUUGGAAUCGUCCUGGCCUUCGUGCUUGGCUACUACUUCAACUAUGCCCAAGUGUCCUGGAUUGUGUCCACAUUAUCCUUCCUGUUUGUGGGCUGCUUCUGGUUCAUGCCCGAGACACCGCAGCACCUGGCCAAGAUAAACAAGAUUGAUGAGGCAGAGCACUCUCUGCGGUAUUAUCGCAAUAUAAAGUCGAAUCCGGCCAAGGAGCUGAGUGAGGAGCUGCAGCUGGAGCUGCAGAAGCUGAAGACCACUGAGAAACCCGGGGGAGAUGCCGAGGAUGAGGAUAAUCAAGCCAGCGGUGUCACCUGGGCUGACUUUGCUGAGGGCAAGACUCGCAAGGCCUUCCUGAUUGGAUUGGGACUAAUAUGCUUCAAUCAACUGUGCGGCUGCUUUGCCAUGCUGAACUACACGGCUGUGAUAUUCGAGCAGUCGGGAUCCAGCUUACCACCCACGGUGGCUGCCAUCGUGGUGGGUCUCAUCCAACUGGUGGGCACAUAUGCCUCCACCGUUUUGGUGGAGCGAUUGGGAAGGAAGAUAUUGCUCCUGGUCUCGGCAGUUGGAAUUGGAUUUGGCCAAGUUGCCAUGGGCACCUAUAGCUACCUGCAGGUCUCCGGAACCGAUGUGUCCUCCUUUAGUUGGGUACCCAUUACCGGGUUCUCAUUCAUGAUGCUCCUGGCAGCCGUUGGCUUGUUAUCCCUGCCCUUCCUGGUCGUUUCGGAGAUUAUGCCGCAGAAGAUAAGGAGCACUGCGAUAAUGAUUCUCAUGUCGGUGCUCUGGUUGAUUUCCACCUGCACCAUCAAGAUGAUGCCCGUGCUCACUGAAAAACUGGGAAUGCACGGGACCGUCUUCAUGUUUGCCAACUUAUCCUUCUUAGCGGCUGUUUUCAUUGCCAUUUUCUUGCCCGAAACCAAGGGCAGGACAGUCGAAGCCAUCCUGGCCAGCCUUUAGUAUUAAUAGUAUAAUUGUAAAUGAACUGUUAUUGUUUUGAAUAAAAUCUCAAAAAGAAGUA